AUGCUGGUGGACUUAUUGAUGGUCUCUGCAGAGUCUGUCAGGGCUGAGACAGCCCAGUGUCGUGGACCGUACAUACGCCUGCAAUGGGUACGUGAUAUAUAUGAGCGCCGAUGCCAGGCAGGUCAUUGGAUAGCUGCGGCUCGCGCAUAUCUUUUUCAUCUUCUGGGUUGCACUCUAUUUGUUAACAAGAGUGCAACCAAUGUACAUGUUGUCUACUUAGAGGCCUUUCGUGACCUCAGUAUGACGGAGAGGUACGCCUGGGGAGUGGUUGCUUUGGUGCAAUUCGCGGACUCCACUGCUGAUCAGGAGUACGACGAGGAUUCUCCGCAUGCGCGUAGGUGGAUUGCAACGAAGAAGACUGUGAAGAGCAUUUGUACGCCGGCGUACAUGGAGCACUUGGACCGACUCCGGAUUCUGGAUGUCUGUUGGAUCCCGUAUGGAGAGUAUCGAUCGGUCCGGGACUUCCACGUCAGAUCAUGCUAUUCUGGUCUCUUGCGGUGGGGGCCUAUUGCUGUUUAUUACCAACCAGAGAGGGUCAUGCGGCAGUUUGGAUACACGCAGACCAUUCCUGCUCCUCCUAUCGAUUCAUGGGUGUCGUAUGAUGAUAUACACGAUAGGUGGAUGCACUACUCGGAUCAUAUCGUUCCUGUAGGUGAGGUGUGUGUUGUGCUAGUGACUACAUGGACUGGUUCUUCCACAUCUCGCAUCCUUUCAUGA